AUGAGGGAUCAAGGAUGGGAUAGUCUCUUAGACAAAGUCAUUUUAUUUUGUACUAAACACGAGAUUGAUGUUCCAUCUAUGGAUGCUCAAUAUGUACCUCAAGGAAGAUCAAGACGUUUUGCUAAACAAGCAACAAAUCUACAUCAUUUUCGCGUUGACAUUUUUUUGGAAGUAAUUGAUUUGCAUCUUCAAGAGAUUGAUAACCGUUUUAAUGAGAAGAACAUGGAGUUACUUACAUGCAUGGCUUCCCUGAGUCCUAGAGGUAACUUUUCAUCUUUUGAUAAAGAGAGGAUACUUAAACUUGCUUCUUUAUAUCCCGAAGAGUUUUCAUGCUAUGAUUUAACGGCUCUUGAUCUUCAACUUGAUGUCUUCUUGGAUUCUAUGCAAAAUGAUGAGAUUUCAUGA